AUGAAUAAGAAAGAAAAGAAAAAGUUAAGAUAUAUGACCAAGGAGAAACGUUUCUCCAUAGGGGAGAUAGAAAAUAUUGACAUUGAGAAAUAUAAUACAUUAUCAAGAUUUGUGAAAAAUAAGAAUAGAAAAAAUGCUUUAAAAGGUAAGGCAUAUAUUAAAAAAUUAGUAUUACGUAAACAAAAGAAAGAGGAGAUAAGAAAUAAAAAAGCUUUAAAUAUUCCAGUUGAAAAAAAGUUACCUAAGACAAUUGAGAGGUUAUCAAUUUUUGAUGACAAUAAAAUAUCUUUAGAGAAUGAAAAAUUUUUAUUAAAUGAAAAUUGUAUAGAUGAAUUUAGUGAUUAUUUUAAAAAUCAAAAAGAACCAAAUAUAAUUAUAACAUCAAUAAAAAGACCUUCAAAAAAUACUAUAUUAUUUAUGAAAGAAUUAUCAUUAACAUUUCCUCAUAUAUUUUAUGAACCCAGAUUAGAUCAUUCUAUAGAAUACCUACUUAACAAUUCUAUACAAAAUCAAUUUUCUACUUUUAUUUUAGUAGAAGAAGGUAUUGAUCAUCAUCCAAAAAAUAUGUUCAUAUGUACAUUACCAAAUGGACCCACUGCCAAAUAUUCUUUAAGCAAUAUUUUUUAUGCACAUAAACAAAAAUCUAAUAUCGAAAUAACAACCCUAGCUCCUGAAGUGUAUAUAACAAAUUUUAAUACGUUUAUCGGAGAGAGAAUUAAGAGACAAUUACAUACGCUAGUACCAUUCAAGCCAGAAUAUAAAUCACAAAAAGUUGUAGUUUUUUAUAAUCAAAGAGAUUUUAUAUUUUUUCGUCAUUAUAAAUAUAAUUUUGUUGAUAAGAAAAAAUGUAAUUUGAGUGAAAUAGGUCCAGGAUUUACCCUACAACUACUAAGUCUUAAGGAUGGGCUAAUUAAUGAUAAGGAGAAAAUGUACGAAUUUGUAAUUCGACCUGAUAUGAAAGUUAAUAGAAAAAAAAUGUAUCUCUAA